AUGCUAGGUUGGAUGCGAUUUGCCGAGAAUUUGCAUUAUGCUGGAAUAGCAAUUAAUGCACAAUCAUCAGCAUACGUGAGUAUUAAGAUUCGAGGGGAGCUGCCUUUUACCGUUACCGGGCGUGUUUUAUCGCCGCCUAAACUGAUGAUGGAUCAAGAAGUGCAGCCUAAAAGGGGAGGAUGGGGCACUCGUGACGAGAAGUUUUAUAUUGGAGCAGUAGUUUAUACGUGGGCUGUUAUAGACUAUACCCAUACAUGGCAAGGAGCUCUAGAAAGAUAUAUCCGCACCCUACGCUCUCUCGGAGAUCGAAAAGGCAUGGUCUUUAAAUCACCGGUCAGUGUGACGAAAGGGAUUAGAAAGAAUGUGACACAACAGUUUCAGAAUCUGAAGAAAAAAUUUCCUGAAAUUCAGAUGAUUCUUGUAGUGCUGGAAGAGGCAGAUUCACUAUAUUCCCGCAUUAAAACCGUGGGAGACUUAGAGAUCAGUGUCAUUACCCAGUGUGUGAAGAAGAGGUGUAUGGAAGAAUGCAGAUUCAUAACUAUUGGCAACCUACUCGUGAAGAUAAACGCGAAGAUGGGGGGCAUCAACUCUGUCUGGAGUCGCAGUCCAAAACUGAUGAAACGAAGUCUGAUGGUAAUGGGUGCUGAUGUCAAUCACCCAUCGGCUGGGGAUGCCAGAACACCCUCCAUGGCAGCUAUAGUUGCUUCCAUUGAUAACAAUUUUAGUAAAUACGCCGUUGAAGUAAGGCCUCAGAAACAUCGAAACGAGAUAAUACAAGACGUCAAGGAAAUGACGAAGAACCUUCUGAAAUCGUUCUCCAUUGCAAACAACUCUAAACCACAACGCAUCAUCGUUUAUCGAGACGGUGUAAGUGACGUUCAGUUCCAUCAGGUUCUACAACACGAGUUUCUAGCGAUUCGUGAAGCAUGCAAAGAGCUAGAGGAAACGUACAAACCUGCAAUUACUUUUUUUUUGGUGAUGAAAAACGUCAACCACACAAGAUUUUUUCAAGUAGAUGAAGUAGGGAAGAAUAUUCCACCAGGCACUGUUGUUGACUCAGGAAUUACACAUCCCAUUGAGAGAGAUUUCUACCUGUGUUCCCAUCAAGGAAUCCAAGGCACAAGCAGACCAGCCCAUUACCAUGUCCUGUGGGAUGAUAAUAAUCUGACCAUGGAUCAGUUGCAAGAAUUUACUUAUAACAUGUGCCAUGUGUACUCAAGAUGUAGCAAGUCUGUAUCUUUGCCUGCACCAGUUGCGUAUGCACAUUUAGCAGCUUUUCGGGCCAAGGUUCAUGCUAUGGAGGUAAAUAUACAAGAGAGUGAACUGAAGCACAUCAAGAUGAUUAGAGAGAAGGAAAUAUCCAAUAAACUUUAUUACAUAUAGGAAUAUUAUUUAUUUAUUGACUUUAUUAAUUUUAUAUUUUUAAGAUGACUUUAAGGAGGAUACCUUUUCAAUGAUUCAUGAAGGAUUUCAAGCAAAAUAAAAGGAUUUGCAGUUUUGUUUUUUGGAAAAUACUCAUCUUACACUUUUAAAGGAACAAAUUGUCUAUUAAGGAAUAUACAGUAUGUGCAGAUAUGAGAAACUCGUGAUAGGUUUAUAUGAUUGAUAUUUUUCCCUCUUCUAUGACUGUUUUGUAAUAUUAGUGAUUUGAAAAAUUAUGGAAAUAUAAUGGAAACAUGA